UUGGGGUCUCUUCCAACUCUACAAUUCUAUGAGUCUCCAUCUUGCUUGGUCUCCCCUCUAGCUCUCAGGGCAGAGAAUGCUCCUCUCAGGCCCCCAAGAUCCUUUUAUUAACCAAGGAGGAACUCUGGGGGUUGAACCAAGGGUCCUUGUAUGCAAAAUGGGCAGAGCCCCCUCCCCACUCAAGCCUUUGGCUUCCAGAGCCUUCCCUUUGUUUGCCCUUCAACCUACAGCAGUGUUCCCUGGCAAAAAAAAAAAAUUCUGAGUGUUAGGCAAUUUUAGAGGCAGGAAUUAUAGUUUACAUUUUAUGCCUUCUCUGGCCAUUUCCCCCCAAGAAAGUGCCCAGCAAGGCGGUGAAUUACCUUUGUUUUAUUUAGUCAUGGCAAAAUGUAGUUCAACGUAGGGAUUACUUAUGUUGGAAUGCUGUGAAAGUCAUGGGAAUGGGUUCGCCUCGGGAAGUAGCUUUCCAGGCUUGGAUCCUCAUCCUCAUCCCUCUCACUGUGCGCCACAGGAGGAAGAUGCUGCCGUCCGCUGGCUCUCUGUCCUCAACAACCUCGCCGACCAGCUGUACUAUCCCUGCGAGCACAUGGCCUGGGCCGCAGAUGCCAAAAUAAUCUGUGCCAACUCCAGCAAGUGGUGGGCCAUCAGUACGGCCCUCUGGGGGACAUCGCUGCUCCUGGGCAUUGCCCGCUCUCUGAGAAUUUUAUCCCAGCUGAGAAGAAAGCAGAAGAAAGAGCCCAGCAGGGAGACCUUGCAGAAGGUGAAGGCUCAAGCAAGGGCUGAAGCUUUGACCAUCAUCAGCAACCUGGCUGACUUCUCCAAUGCCAUCCACUGGAUGCCUCCUGGGGUGCUGUGGGCCGGGAAAUUCCCCCCGUGGCUUGUGGGCCUGAUGGGGACCCUGUCCUCCCUCAUUGGGAUCCAUCUCACCUAUGCAGCAGGCAGAGGUGGGGUGGCAUGAUGAAAGGGCAGCGCUGGCACACACAGCGGCAAAGAUUGGAUUGCCUUGGCGCACCUUCCGAAGAAACCAAGGUGAUAAUCACUAAGAGGGUAAUUCUGCUGCUAGAGGCCUGGGUGCUGCAAACCCAGCCUUUCUGUCCAGGAAGAAAUACUGGGGUGGCUGCUUCUGUCUGUAUCCUCCACCUUUUGGGAACCUCAACUUGUGGGGAGACUGGCACUAAGGUGUUGGUGGGGGAGAGCCCACACUAAGGGCACAAAUCCAGCAGAGACCCCUUCCACCUCACACAGAAGACAGGGCCAAAUGCAUGUAUAGCUUUGUAAAUGGGGAACAAUCAGGGUCAGUAAUAAAACUAUGAGAAAAUG